AUGACAACGGUGGUAACCAUGGCUACGUCGGUAACCAUGGCAACGGUGAUCACCAUGGCAACGGUGAUAACUAUGGCAACGACGGUAACCAUGGCAACGGUGGUUACCAUGGCAACGGUGGUAACAACGGCAACGGUCGUCACCAUGGAAACGCAGGUAACCAUGGCAACGACGGUAACCUUGACAACAGUGGUAACCAUGGCAACAGUGGUAACCAUGGAAAUGGUGAACGGUCGUCAACAUGGAAACGGUGGUAACCAUGGCAACGUCGGUAACCUUGACAACGGUGGCAACCAAGGCAACGGUGGUAACCAUGGAAACGGCGGUAACCAUGGAAACGGCGGUUACCAUGGCAACGAUGGUUACCAUGGAAACGGUGGUUACCAUGGCAACGGUGGUUACCAUGGCAACGGUGGUUACCAUGGCAACGGUGGUUACCAUGGCAACGGUCGAUACUAUGGCAACGGUCGAUACUAUGGCAACGGUCGUUACUAUGGCAACGGUCGUUACUAUGGAAACAGUGGUUACCAUGGCAACGGUGGUUACUAUAGCAACGGCGGUAACCAUGGAAACAGUGGUUACCAUGGAAACAGUGGUUACCAUGGCAACGGUGGUUACUAUAGCAACGGCGGUUACCAUGGAAACAGUGGUUACCAUGGAAACAGUGGUUACCAUGGCAACGGUGGUUACUAUAGCAACGGCGGUUACCAUGGAAACAGUGGUUACCAUGGAAACAGUGGUUACCAUGGCAACGGUCGUUACUAUGGCAACGGUGGUGACCAUGGCAACGGUGGUAACAAUGGCAACGUUAGUAACCAUGGCAACGGUUGUUACCAUGGCAACGACGGUAACCUUGACAACGGUGGUAACCAUUGCAACGGAGGUUACCAUGGCAAUGGUGGUUACCAUAGCAACGGUGGUAACCAUGGCAACGGUGGUAAACAUGGAAACUGUGGUAACCAUGGCAACGUCGGUCACCAUGGCAACGUCGGUCACCAUGGAAACGGUGGUAACCAUGGCAACGUUGAUAACCAUGACAACGGUUGUUACCAUGGCAACGACGGUAACCAUGGCAACGACCGUAACCUUGACAACGGUCGUAACAAUGGCAACGGAGGUUACCAUGGCAAUGGGGGUUACCAUAGCAACGGUGGUAACCAAGGAAACGGUGGUUACCAUGGCAACGGUGGUUAA